AUGACACCACAAGUGAGUACAACAGCUAACACAGCGACAACGGCGACAACACCAUUGGAACAGCCCAAAUCUCCGGCCAAAAAACGUACACACAGCAAAAGGGAACAGUUACAACAAAUUAUUGCCGGUGGCUUGGCAGCAGCUAUUACCAGAUCCACCUGCCAACCGUUUGAUGUGUUGAAAAUUCGUUUCCAAUUACAAGUCGAACCAAUUGGUUUUGAUCCCCUCACAGCGGCAGCUAAAAAAUCCAAAUAUGUUUCCAUUAGCCAAGCGGUGAAGACAAUAUUCAGGGAGGAGGGUCUUUUAGCCUUCUGGAAAGGUCACAAUCCGGCCCAGGUGCUUAGUGUUAUGUAUGGGAUAUCACAAUUCUGGACAUACGAACAGCUGAGUUUGUAUGCCAAACAGACCACCUAUCUGAAGGAUAAACCAAAUCUAUCCAAUUUUGUGUGUGGUGCGAUUGCUGGCAGUACGGCUGUGAUAAUUUCAACACCAUUAGAUGUGAUACGUACGCGUCUAAUUGCUCAGGAUACAAGUAAGGGUUAUCGUAAUGCUACACGGGCGGUGGCAUCGAUAAUACGCAAUGAAGGACCACGCGGCAUGUAUCGUGGCCUCUCAUCAGCUCUGUUGCAAAUAACACCGCUCAUGGGUUCCAAUUUUAUGUUCUAUAGAUUAUUUUCCCAGUCGGCAUGUAAAAUGUUCCACGUGGAGGAAAGGAGCCAACUUCCCACCUGGACUCUUUUGAUAAUGGGCGCCUCAUCUGGCAUGCUGUCGAAAACCAUUGUCUAUCCCUUUGAUUUGAUCAAGAAACGUUUACAAAUACAAGGUUUCGAAUCGAAUCGUCAAACAUUCGGACAAAAUAUACGCUGUACCGGUGUCUAUAGCUGUUUACGCGAAACGAUCAAACAGGAGGGCGUUCGUGGACUAUAUAAGGGUGUUGCUCCCACACUACUUAAAUCAAGUCUGACAACAGCUCUCUACUUUAGUAUAUAUGAUAAAUUGAAACAAAUCCAAUGGCUACCAGCCAAGUCUAGUUAA